UCACAUGCAUUGGAAGAGUGCAGGAACAUCAUGAAGCUACCUCUAAAGGACAGAUAUGAAGUGUUGAAGUCAAAGGGAUUGUGUUUCUCGUGUUUGAGAUCUGGACAUCUUAAGGGAGCCUGUCAACACAAAUCGUACUGUGUCCAUUGUAAGAAGUGUCAUCUAUCUAUACUUCAUGUGAAUCCUCGACAAAGCAAUGGAAAUCCAGUGACUACUGAUAAAAACAACAACAGCUUUUCAUUACCAUCUGCAGCCGUAUCUUCAACAGCGCAUAUGGGGGCUGGGGACUCUGUGAGCCAAGCGCUUCCAGUAAUACCCGUACGAGUGAAAUCAAGAAACAGUGACAAAUUUAUUAUUACUUAUGCUUUCUUGGAUUCCGGGAGUACAGCGACAUUUUGUACAAAGGAAGUCGCAAGAUCACUUCACAUAGAAGGUAAAAAGACUGUGCUUAACUUAACAACUAUGGGACAGCAGAGGACAGAAAACUGUUGCAUUCUAUCUGGUCUUGAAGUGAGUGAUUUGAAUGGUGAUAACACAAUUGACUUACCGCCUAUAUACACUCAACCAGAUUUACCCAUAUCUAAGAAAGACAUUGUUACAUCAGAGGACCUACAAAGAUGGCCACAUCUGCGUGAUGUGCAUAUUGAUACCAUAGAUAGUUAUGUUGGUUUGUUGAUUGGUGUCAAUGUUUCUAAAGGAAUGGAGCCAUGGGAUGUGAUUUCUAGUGUAGAAAAAGGUCCGUUCGCUGUAAAGACUCUGUUAGGAUGGGUAAUCAAUGGAGCACUUGAUACAAGAUCAGAGAAUGGUACUUACAGUACAUACAUUACAGUCAACCGCAUAGACGCAAGAUUAGAAGAGCAAGUGAGAUAUCAAUUCAAUCACGACUUUAGUGAGAGAGCUAUUGAUGAUGUUCCAGAGCCGUCAAGGGACGACAAAAGAUUUCUCGACUUUGUGACAAAUUCAGUUCGCAUUUAAAAUGGACAUUAUGUCAUUCGUUUACCAUUCAAAUCAGAAAAUGUGAUAAUGCCAAACAACAGAAAACAAGCAGAACAGAGACUGAAUUCGUUGUCUAGGAAACUUUGCAGUGACAGUGAAUUCCAUGACAAUUAUAAAGCUUUCAUGGACAAAAUUAUUAGCGAAUGCUAUGCACGAAAGGUACCUAUUGAAGACUUAAAUCAAGAUGAUGGACAUGUUUGGUAUUUACCACAUCAUGGUGUACUACAUCCCAAGAAGAAGAAACUUCGAGUUGUGUUUGACUGUGCAGCGAGGUUCCAAGGGACUUCACUUAAUGAACAGAUAUUACUGGGCCCUAACUUGAUAAACACACUCAUUGGGAAUUUGUUGGGAUUUAGAGAGGAGGAGAUUUCUAUUAUGGGGGAUAUCGAUAGUAUGUUCUACCAAGUACGAGUUCCUCCACAUGAUGCUACUUUUCUACGAUUUCUCUGGUGGAACGAUGGAAAUCCUUCCAGUAGUAUUAUUGAAUACCAGAUGGUUGUGCAUUUGUUUGGAGCCACGUCGUCACCAAGUUGUGCCAACUUUUGUUUACGAAAAACUGCUCGAGAUUGGACAGGACAUUUUAGUGAUGAGACAAUAAAGACAGUUCUUCAGAAUUUCUAUGUUGAUGAUUGUCUCAAGUCUGUGAAUUCUGUAAGAAAUGCUGUGAUAUUGGUGAAAGAGCUACAAGGACUGUUAGAAAGUGGAGGAUUUCACAUUUCGAAGUGGAUCAGCAACAGUCGUGAGGUCAUGAAUUCAAUACCAGUAUCGGAUAGAGCCAAGGAGGUCAAGGACUUGGAUCUUGACUACGAUACUCUACCGAUAGAGCGAGCCCUCGGCAUCCAGUGGUGUGUGAAUUCUGAUAUCUUUCAGUUUAAACUGGACUUUAACAAGAAACCACUUGCAAGGCGAGGAAUUCUGUCAAUGGUAAGCGGUGUGUUUGAUCCACUGGGAUUUUUAGCUCCACUACUUCUCAAGGCGAAAAUCAUUCUGCAGGAAUUGUGCAAGCUUCAGUUUGGAUGGGAUGAUAAGAUUCCAGAUGACAUUGCUUUUCAGUGGAAUAAUUGGUAUCAGGAUCUUGAGAAAUUGAAAGACUUCAAAGUGGACAGAUGUCUUAAACCCCAUGGUUUUCAUCCACUCAUGGUACAGUUACAUCAUUUUUCUGACGCAAGUGAAACUGGUUAUGGUACAGUGUCCUACUUGUGGAUGGAAAACGCCUGUGGUGAACGUCAUUGUUCCUUUAUUAUGGGCAAAUCUCGUGUAGCACCACUGAAGCAAACAACCAUUCCGCGAUUGGAGUUGACAGCAGCUACGGUAGCAGUGAGAACCAAUAAGAUGUUACUAAGGGAGUUGAACAUUCCUGUUGAUUGUGUUACAUACUGGACUGACAGCAUGACCGUUUUACGAUAUAUACAGAACAGUACAGCAAGAUUUCAUACUUUCGUCGCUAACAGGCUAGCAGUAAUCCAUGAAGGGUCACAACCAACUGAUUGGAGAUACAUUAACACAAAGUUGAAUCCAGCUGAUCACGCAUCUAGAGGUAUCUCAGCAGAUGGCGUACUGAAACAAAAGAACUGG